UGGAAGCCCUAAUGGACCUGUACCAGCACAUCGAUGACGUAGACCUGCUAGCCGGCAUCAUGGCCGAAGACCCAGUACCCGGCUCCUUCGUCGGGCCCACCCUGUACUGCAUCAUGGCUAAACAGCUGUACCUCUUCCGAUUCAGCGACCGGUUCUGGUUUGAGAGGGGGAAGCAGUACCACAGCCUUACUUUGCCUCAACUGCACGAGAUCAGGAAGACCAACAUGGCGCGCCUGGCGUGCGACAACGCAGAGGGCAUCACGCAUAUCCAGCCGCAGGCGUUACUCAACGUCGGACAUGGAAACGAACCAUUGCCAUGUUCUCGGAUUCCUGGCGCUGACCUGUCGAAGUGGCACGACGACUCCUGCCACGCUCAAGGACACAAGCAACACGGAAACUCUUAUUUUAACUAUCUUUUCGGUCACAAAAAUAAUUAAAAAACCAAAGAAAACACUUUAAUUAUGUUCCUCUUUUUUAUUAAUUGUAUUAACCCAAUUUUGUUUCUGUUUUUACCAAGCCUUUUAUCAUUAGCUUUCAUUUUGCUUUUCUUGUCCAAAGAGUAAAUAUUAAUAAUGUUGUAGGAAUAAUAAAAGUAGCAAUAAAGUUAUUUUGAAUACCGUUAUUUAUUU